AUGGAUCGCCUACAGAUGGGCCCGCCGCCCGCCCUCUUCACGCCGGGCCAGAGACACAACUCGAUGCCUGUUAAGAUGGACGUCUACGAGAGUGAUCUCCUGGGCUUCAACCAUCGGUUCCAGUCGAUUCGCGAGCAGCGCGAGGCGAGCGAGGGAUUGAUCCAGGAGGGCCUGCGCCAGGAAAAUGCCACGCUGCGCCACCAGCUCAGCGAGAGCCAGCUCGACCUCGACGACGCGCGCACGACGCGCCGCGAGUUCCAGCAGCGGCUCAAGGUGGCCGACGCCCACGUGCAAAGCAUGAGUGCCGAAAUCACGAAUGCCAAUAACCGCAACCUUUAUGUUUUGGUCCUCUUGGACGGCGACGGCCUCAUUUUUCAAGACCAUUUCGUUCAAGCGGGCAUCGAGGGCGGCAAAAAGGCCGCCUACGCGCUGCGCCGCGCCAUUGUGUCCCUCUGCGGCCAGUUCGCCGACGAGGUCGAGAUUGUGGCCAAGGUGUGCGCCAACCUGACGGGCCUCGCGCGGGCGAUGCGCCGCGACGGCUGUAUCGAGGCCGAGUUUGACCUCAAAGAGUUUGCCCUCGGGUUCACGCAGGCCAAGGCCCAUUUUGACUUUAUCGACGUCGGCUACGGCAAGGAACGGGCCGAUUCCAAAAUUAAAGAACUCACGCGAUGGCAUCUUCGUAAUUAUAACUGUAAACAGAUUUUGCUGGGCGUCUCCCACGACGCCGGUUAUGCGCCCUUUCUCGACGAAAUAUUGCAGGAUCAUGAUUCGCGGGCGCGCGUCACCGUCAUUGAAGGGUCCCCGACGGUCCGGGAGCUGCGCGAUACAAAGGUCAAUGUUAUUCAGUUUGAAGAGCUCUUCCGCGCCGACAAGUUGAUCAACCGGUCGCCUGACAGCUCGCACAAUGCUUCUUUCGCCUUGGGCCCGGGGCAGCAGGGGCAGUUACAGACACAAGCGCUGGCGACGAUGACGGUGCCGCCCGUUACCAAUGCAGCACCGGCAGCACCGGCAGCGCCCACGUUGCCGGCGUCGUGGGCAGCCGUGACGCGUUCGGCGACGCCGCCCCCGCAGAUCACGACGCCGCUGGCGGGCAAGAUGGCGGCGGCCAAGGCCCGCGGGGCCAGCAGCCUGACCAAGGCGGCGGCGGCAGCGGCAGCGGCGUGGAACCCCGGCCCGCGCGGCCUCGACGCGCCCAUUGCUGUUAUGCCGGUGGCGCUCGAAAGCAUCAAGAAGCGCAAGGACACGGACAAGCUGUGCAACAACCAUUACCUGCGCGGACCCUGCGUCAAGGGCAGCGACUGUUGCUUCGAGCACCGGUAUAAGCCGACGCUCGAUGAGAUACACGCCAUUGCGCACCUCGCACGGCUCAAUCCCUGUACCAAGGGGCAGGAGUGCGACAUUGAGAAUUGCAUCUACGGACAUCAUGAACAAUCACAUUGA